AUGCCACGAACUUAGCACAGGGAACAAGGCUCCGUACUGGGCGAUAUGUUGUUUGUACUUUUGUUGGAGCAAACAUUGACUCUCUUUUGUCGAAUUGUAUUGAUCAAAGAGUUUCUCGUUAGGUUAUUGAGCCGUGGUUUGCAGUUUCACAAUAUAAUUCAAUGGAAAGGCUCGUCAUAAAAACGACACGCACGUUCAAUUGUUAUUGGGGUUAUGGCGAAUACCAUGGUAGUGUGCAUGGCGCUCCAAUUAGUCAUUUUAUAUAUUCUACAAUUCUAGCAAUAGGAGUGAUACUUAUCGUAUUAGUGAAUAAUACAAACAUGGAUUUGGAUGAAUGUGGUUCACCGCCAUGGAGACGUGUAUGCACUACACAUUACUUGAUUGGUAUUUUUUAAAUGUCACGGUGACUUCACGACUCAUUUAAAGAUUUGAUGAGGGUAACGGAAAGCUAAAGACACUUGCGAAAAAUAAUAGUUUCAAGACCAGAAUGUAGUGACCUGCCUCUACUAUUUGCUUGUUUCUCAUUGUUAUGAAAAUAACCAGCUGAUAGAAUGUUGUCUUGUAUAUGAGGAAGACAUUUUAUUCGUCGUAUGAUCUGCAGAACUUCCGAACAUAAGACAGGCUUGAAAUAAAAUCACCAUGGCGGAAACGGCUGCUUCACUUGCUAAAGAUCUCCGUCAUGAGUUCCUCACUUGUUCUCUCUGUCUGAACUGUUACUCUCGUCCUAAGAUGCUACCUUGCCAGCAUGUCUUCUGCACUCGAUGUCUUCACAAGUGGUACGAGUCCAAGUCCAAACAGAACGGUACCAAUGCCAAGACGGUCACCUGUCCCAUGUGUCGAGUUUCACAAACUGUGCCCCCAAAUGGUAUCCUGGGCUUUCCCGAUAGCCAUGCCACGACGUCCUUGAUAAACUUUUUGGACGGUCGUGUCGAGUCGACGCCGUCGUGGGGCCCAACCACCAUCGGACUCAUUCGAGAGUUUGGAGAGAAAGGGAGCCAGGAUGGUCAAUUAUAUAAACCACUUGGUAUAGCCACUAGCGCAGAAACUGGUGAGUUUUUCGUCACCGACUGCAAGAAUAGAAUACAGGUCUUCGACAACGAUGGUGUGUUUGUCCGAAAAUUUACUUUUCCGCAGUUGGCGAAGAAGUUUACGCCGACUCAUCUGACGAUGACACGACGACUGAGCUCGGAUGGGAAGGAAUGUCUCCUAGUGUCCGAUGUUAGUAACAAACAGAUACUUGUCUGUUCUCUCGGGGGAGAAAUUCUAAUGCGAUUUGGCGGCAACGAGUUGGGGAUGCCCGGUGGUGUUGGGGUGACGAAAGACGGGUCGCUGCAUGUCGUUGACGUCUACGCCAGAGUGGUACGGACUUACAAUCGUUCUGGACAAGAGAUUCGUAGCUUCUCCGGACUUUCGUCAUCGCGGAAGAAAAUAGACACAAACACGGAAGUCGACGAGUGUAUCUUUCGCAGUCCUACUCACAUUGCGGUUACACGAUCUGAUAUCCUUCUCGUUUCCGACAGCCAAUCACAUCUUAUUUACAUCUUCGACAAUGACGGCAGCUACCGAAACAAGUUUAACUCGAUUGGUAAACAUGGUGGUCAGCUCCAGAAUCCAUCUGGUAUUGCUGUUGAUGGGUCUGGUAACAUCCUUGUUGCUGAUACAUCGAGUAAUAGCGUCCAGCUAUUUGACUAUCGUGGACGGUUUCGGAAUCGAGUUGAUGACAGUUUUGAUGGCCUUCGGAAUCCCCAAGGCAUGGCCAUUUUGAAUGACGAACAUGUAGCAGUAGUUGACGCAGACAAUCAUGCCAUCAAACUUUUCUCUUAUGUAUGAUUAUAUGAUCAUGCUUUCAAAAUAUAUCUUCCAAAAUGACAAAAGCAAGGAGGAAACAAAGGUGAAAUGAUCUCGAAAUAAAUGAAAUCACAUUGUAGAUGGCAAAUAAUUACGACUGGUCAUUAAGCAUGGGUAUUAUUAAUGCAUUAAAUAGACCCUAUGACUCAGAAGAAGCGCUCAUGGGGUAGAGGAAAAAACCCCUCAUAUUCCAAUCUUUGUUUGAUAUGUCAUUACUUUCUUUUUCCUUUUGUAAUUCAGUUAUUCCUUUCCGUCCUGACGAUGUGAAUGAUGCUCUAAAUGUUUUGGCAUGAAUUUUCCUUCAAUUUCAUUACGAAGCGAACAAAUAAGAC